AGUCUAGAGAUGGAGAACCAUCAGGUGAUCGUGAAUAUUGGGGAUGAUGAAAUCUGGAAGCAAAGAAAAGCCAAAUUGAAGGCGCUGAAGUCGGCCUUCCAACCACUACGAAAAGGAAGAGCCAAACGUGGUGUGAAUUAUCCAGCGCUGCGCGCUGCCGCGAAAAAAGGCGACGUGGACAAAUUCAUCCAAGCCCUAGAGAAGUAUUCUGCCCAAGAGAGGGUCCCUUUGUCCAACAUUAUGGACAUACGGGGCCCUACUGGGGACUCGUUGCUCCACAUCGCGGCGGGCAUCGAGAACCCCGACAUCAUCCAAGCCCUCCUCAUGGUCAUCCGUCUCAAGUGGCUCGCCAAGGUGAACUGCCGAGGGGACACCGCGCUCCAUUUCGCGGUGAGAGCUGGCAGGAUCCGCACAGCCCAGCUCCUCCUCGACCGCCCCAGGAAAAUGGACAAGGCGAACGAUGCUGGGAACAAGGCAUUGCAUGAGGCUGUGAAGAACCGAAACUGCGAGUUGACUGAUCUGCUCCUGAGUCGAGGCUUAAAAUGCGUGUAUCAGAAGAACAAGGAGAACAAGUGCCCGCUGUACUUGGCAUUGGAGAUGGGGAACUUGACGAUUUUCAGGCGUUUGAUGGCAGCGGUGGAUGGGAAUCAAGUCCAUGGCAUGUCGCCGGUUCACGGAGCCGUGAUGCUCCGAGAGUUAGAACUGCUAAACGAGAUACGGUGGAACAAGAGAGAGCUGUUCAAUGUAAGAGCUGCCGGACGUUGUACUCCCCUCCAUCUAGCAGCAUACGACAAUUAUGUUGAUGGAGUCGCCUUCUUGGUCCGGCAGUUCACUUCAAGCGCCUUCAAGCAUGACAUAGAGGGCUAUCUUCCGAUCCACAUUGCAUGUAGAAUGGGUCAUCUUGAAAUAGUCAGGUUGCUGCUUCGAGUUCAACAUUUGCAAGAUCCGGAAGAGAUGCUUACUCUAUACAAUUACCAAAACAUACUUCACGUUGCAGCAGAGCACGGAAGGGCCUCGGUAGUGAAGUACAUACUCAGCGAUCCCAAGCUUGAGAAGCUUAUAAAUGAGAAAGACAAGGAAGGAAAUACCCCCCUACAUGUGGCCGCAUUACACUGGCAACCCGAGGUUCUGCUUUCUCUAACCCGGGAUAAGAGAGUCGAUCUUAAGCUGGUAAACCACAAAAACUCAACGGCUCUCGACAUUGUAGACGAGAGAGCAUUCGGUCCUCCACUUCACCAGAACUUAGCACGGACAAUCUUACUCUCUGCUGGAGCACCCAAAAGCAAAGACACAGCAAUUUACCUGCGAGAAGACGCAAAAGGACUGAGGUUUCAUAGGACUUUGGAUUUGGAUAGACUAAAAGACACGGCUGGGACCCGUAUGGUCGUGGCAACACUCAUUGCCGCUAUGACAUUUGCCGCUAGCUUUUCUACUCCCGGAGGAUAUAAUGGCACUAAACCACAUGAGGGAAUGGCUACGCUGUUGAACAAGCCCAUGUAUGGCGUCUUUGUGAUGUGCAACACCGUCGCCAUGUACAGCUCAACAAUUGCAGUUGUGAUCCUCCUCUGGACGCAGAUCAACGAUGUGCAUGGGGUCCGUCAUGCCCUUAGGGGUGCGAGGCUACCGCUGUUUAUAGCUCUUGCCGCAAUGUCCAUGGCCUUCACGGCAGGGGUCUACGUGACUGUCAGCAAACGGACUUGGCUCGCUGUUCUCACCUUGAUCGUCGGGAUCACUGCCCUCAUCAUUAUCUCGGGUAUUUAUAUUGCCUUGUUCGUGCCGCUUGCGUACAACUCUCGUUUUGUCCAGUUCUUCGCCGACUACAUCAUCAAAGCUGGUAUGUCAAUUUCAACCAGGGUAAGCGAAAGGAGGGACCUUUCGCCGCCGCGGGAGAUCUUCCCCUGUCGUGGGACAGAAUUCUAA